UGUCUGGAUCUUUCUUUACAGGCACUUGGCAGGAGUUACUCCCUCUCCCCACCAGCCAGAGUACCAUCCACGGGCCAGAAGUCAGCUUCGGCUUCUUCCUCCCCAAAGCCUCCGGCUCAGGGCUUCUCAUCUCCCCUAGCAAGGCAGACCUCCUGGCUGGAGAAGGGCCACAAACCCCCUACGCCCUGGGAGGCUGCCUCCCGGCAUCCCAUGGGCCUGGUGGAUGAAGCAUUUGCUUUCCAGAACCUCCAGCAAACCCUCGCCUCAAACGUCCGCCUGGCAGCCCAGCGCAAAAUGCUGCCCGAGCCCCCAGCAGAGUGGAAGGCCAAGGUUUCUUACCAAGCCCCACAGAAAACAGGCAGCCACACCUGGAGUCAGAGCCAAAGCCGCAGUCAUAGUCGACCUCCACUGCCAUCAUUUGUGUCCCCAACACGGAGCAUUGUCUCCACUCCUGCCAGUCAUGCUGGUUACAGGUCUCUACCCAGACAGUGGCAGCCUCAGAGGUCUGUGGCAGAGGCAAAUCUGGGCCCCUCAGUUUCCUACUCUGACCACAAGAGGCCCAUGGGGAAGCAAACUUACAAGUCUGUGUACACCAGCAACACUUGGAGUUGGAAGCGGUAGGAUACAAGUCAACCUUAAAUGAGUAAAAUCCUAUUACUUACUGAUUUUAUAACAGAUUCAUGUGAAGUUAGAGCAUUUCCUAUAACAAUAACAACAAUAUAGUGUGUGAGGAGAGUGAGCUAAUGUAUGAUGAAGUGGACAUUCGGAAAGAUUGCUGGAUUUCCCCUGGUUUUGACAUGCUAACAGCGCUUUAAAAAAACGCUUUGUACUUUUUGAUGUUGAAUCUUUAAUAUAAAAUAUUUUAGAUGAAAUCUUUGCAUGCCAUUAUCAAAUGUGAAAAGAGAUGAUUACUUUAACAAUGUAGCGAGACUUAAACAUUAUCCCAUUAACAUUUAACUGACAACUUUAAUACACUGAAGUGGGCCUGUAGUUCAUUAAAUGAGGCAAUGAUGUAUGUUGUUUAGAAUGGAUAUAAUAGAUCUGAAUGGACAUGUUUAGUACAAAAUAAGUGGAGAGAUUUGAGGGAUUGUAUAGUAACCGUAUAUCGGGAGAUAACUAUAAAUGUUGACUGUUCAGUGAACCUUUCAGAAUAUACAAAAUAGGUGAUUAUGGGGUCCUGAGGAAAGAGAUAUAUGAGGAUGCUGAAAGAGAGAAAGAAGCAGUGACCUACCCAUCAUAUAGUAUAUAAGUUGCUUUACCUCUUGAAUUGUUGUCAGCUUGUGGACUGAGUUUCUGUUCAUACUUUUUUAAUUUUCUGCUGUGAAUAUAUGUAUCUAGCAUGCUGGUUCUUGCAGUGAUGGUGCACUUAUUUUUGGAUGGUUUUGUUUGAUUUUUAAUCCGUGAAACUUGAGUGUGGUGGAGAACUCAUUUCACUGUCAGAAUACAAUUAGAGAUGCAUUAGAAGUGAGGCUUAAAACUUGGGGAAAGGUUAGUGCUAUAACUCAGCAUGUUGUGGGCGGACAUGUCGUUAUGUAAGCUCUAAUAAGUGAGAUUAAUUCACGUAUUUACCAGGUGCAUUUUAAUUAGUGCAUUAGCAUGUGUCCAUUAACUACUCAGAGAGAGGGAGAAGAUGAAAAGCAGAAACUGGGACAUCUUUUCCCCGUUAUAGUUUUCCAAGACUUUUUCUUUGGGAAUCUGGAAUGAUUUUUCACAUUGCAGCACACAGUAUGUAGAUGGACAAUGUUUGUUUUUUUGUUUGGGGUAAAAGGUAACUUGAGGAAUGUUGAUAAGUCCUAAUUAUGGCUACAAGAAAGAUUGUUUUAGUUUAUGAUAGGUUUACUGACACUGGGAGAAUUGCUUACAGUAUGUAAUGGGUUUGUGGCUUGUGCUCGGUUUGGGAUUAUGCUAUAAACUUAUAAUCAUCUCCAAAGAUAAAAGCAAUGUUGGUGUUUCCACAGAGUGUACAUAAUGUCCUAAUGUGAUUCUCACCAAGCAGUCUCAUAAACAUAAAUAAGAUUUAUCACACAGCAUUGUGUUGUGUCUCAGCUGCCUCACGGAGCAUCAUACAAUAGUGUAUCUGUGAUAAUUACACUGUAUUGCUUAUUAUGGUCAUAACACAAUACCAGUAAUCAAUUUCUGUUUCAAACUAAUUCAGAUAUAGAUUCAAAUAAAGCGUAAAUGAAAAUAAAUACAGACAAAUAGCACUAUUUUACAAAUUGCACUGUGUUUUUGUGCUCUUUGCUGUGUUCCAAGCAUGAAAUACUUGGCUGUGGGCCAUUUGUUGCUUGCUGUACCAUCCCAUGAAGCUUUUUGUAUGAUGUGUUGUCUGGAAUAGUCACUCGCUUUGUAUCCAGGGGAGGGGUUGGUGGGGACUUGUUCCCAUGGUGACCACCAGUUACAUAAUAACAGUGGGUACCUACUGUAGCUUAACCAUUAGAGAAUGAGAGAUAAGGACACAGAGGGAGAUGAUAAACAUAAAUUAUUUCUAUACCAAUUUAGAUUUUGAAAAUACUGGGCGGGAUUCAAAUGCUAUUAAAAAGGUGGAGCUUGACUCAAAGUAUGAACAAGCAUUAAACACAACACACACCUUUAAAAUAUUUCAUUUUGUGUAUGGGGUUCCUGGCAUAGUUUUUUAUAUACCAGGCAUUACAGUAUGUCAAUAAACUUGCUGCUUUUAACAUCCAACCUUAUGCUUUCCUGCCCUGCUUGGUUCUGCAAACUCAACCUGUCUUUCUUUAUUAGUCUCCUUUACCAAGUUAAGAAAUAUAUAGAUGGCAAAUUUAACUUUGCAAGGUCAAUUAAAACAUACUGACUGGAUUAGAAGGUGAGUGAACCCUGUUAGGCCUUGCUCCCUCCUAUAUAACAUGAUGGCAUUUAAAACAAAUAGUAUUUGAUUGUUCUGCAGGCCCUGAGGGAGCCAUGUUCCCACGCUGGAUGUCACUGAGUAUAUUUAUUGUUGGCUGUGCACUGCAAUUCUUGAGUGCAGAUAAAGAGAAUUACAGCUGACACAACUUUAUUUUAGUUGUUAAAGCUUUGUCAGGGUUUUCUGAGACAGUUUUCAUCCCUUUGGUGCUUUACAAUUCAUGUAUAUUUUUAGUGUUGCAAGAUUGCAACAGAUGAUUUAUAAUUGUAUAGGUGAGUCAUUUAUAGACCAGUGGCUCCCAACCAAGUCCCUUCAUUAACAACACCCAUCAUGUUCCAAAUAUGACAAUUUCCACUGAUUUUCAACUUGAUAUUAUUUAACUAUAUUUGGUAAUGAUAGACAUGUUGAUAUAAUAAUGGAUCAAUAUUUUUUGUAUACAAAUGAUGUAAUAUUUAGGUUUCACUGCCACUUGAACUGGCAAAAGAUGGAUGUUUCAACCAUUUGUGCAUUACUAUUACCACUAUAGCCAUUUAUCAGUUCCUUUUUAACUAACUAUUAUAACUUGUUAUCCAUUAGUUUUAGCUUUUGAACCAUUUUCCUAAGUCUAUUCCAGCUAUAUCCUUUUAGCUUUUUUUCUAUUAUAUUCAUCCAACGGUUACUUUUAUGAAUUAGAACCACAUAUCCAUUUUUUUUUAGCGAUUUCAAUCAUUUACGCAUUAUUUUUAAAUAACAAUUUCAAUCAUUUCUCUAUCACUUUAAGUUAUUUCAACCAUUUAUCACUUACUUUUAGCAAACUGCUUAUCCAUUACUUUUAACUAUCCAUUCCAACUGUUUAUAUUUUAAGCUAUCUAUAUCUCUAUUUCCAUUAACUUACUUUUAACCUACUUCAACUAUUUAUCCAUUAAGUCUACUCCAACUAUAUAUUUUUUCAACCAUUAAUCUAACUUUUAUAAAUUAGAACCAUAUAUCCAUUUCAGCCAUUUCUCUUUAACUAUUUCAACCUUGUAUCCCCUGCUUUUAACUCUUGUAACUUAUUCAUUUUAAGCUAUAAAUUCUAUAAAUUCAUCUGUUUCAAGUUUAAGCUAUGUCAACUGUUUAUGUUUUUAGUCAUGUAUUUCAACCAUUUAUAUAUUAACUGU